AUGAACGUUGGGGAAGUCCCGCAGAAAGCACAGCUUAUGCGUGAUGCUAAAGUCAAGGUGAUUGACGGCAGAGGUCGUACACUCAUGUCUGGUCUUGGUGAUGCGCAUACGCAUCUUACUUGGAAUGGCGAUAUAGCGGGUCUAGGCACUAUGGGUGUAGAAGAGCAUACCAUUCUCACUGUACGCUCAGCUCAAAUCUACCUAGACUCGGGGUAUACAAUGUGUUUCGGCGCGGCUUCGGCCAAAGACAGACUUGACUGUGUGGUCCGGGAUGCCAUUAACGCUGGUGACAUCCCCGGCCCCAGAUACUUGGCCAAUGCAAAGGAAAUAGCUCGUCGAGACGGGACGCUGCUGCCAAGCAUUACCGCUUUCGCUGACGGUCCAGAUGAAAUGCGGGAAGUCAUUCGUCGUCAUAUCGGGUUCGGCGUAGAUAAUAUUAAGCUGAGUAUGUCUGGCGAGGAAAUUACAGAAACGAUGCGUGCUGAAGAUAGCUACUUUUCUGAAGAAGAAACUGCAGCCUGUGUUGACGAAGCUCAUAAAUAUGGGAAAAGGUUGUGCUCUCACGCGCGCUCAGCGGAGUCAGUCAAACAGUGUAUCCGGCAUGGCAUCGAAGUUAUCUUCCAUGCCAGCUUCAUCGAUGACGAAGGCAUGGAUAUGCUCGAAAAAGCGAAGAGCAAACAUGUCGUUGCACCAGGCCUCAACUGGCUGCAUGCAAUGCUCUACGAUGCCGAUUCUUUCGGCUACAGCUACCAGAAGGCUGAACAGGUGGGAUAUAAGAGAGAGUACGACGCUGCAAUCCGAGGAUUGAAAGAGAUGCAUAGGCGCGGUAUCACUGUACUACCGUGA